UCUGUAUUGCCCCUGCACAAACGGACGAUCCGAAGAACAGCACAAACAACCCAUCUCUCUCUGCAUCGCUCUCUCAACUACUCCCGACGAUCAGGAAAUUGUUUGCAGCUGGAUUUUGUUUUUUCCGGCUCUGUCCUUCCCUAGCCUUCUGCUCUCUUCAUAAAGAGACGAUCUCUCUUUCUCAAGUGGGUUUUUCCUGUGUCUUCCCUCAGCUUGCUGUCGUGUCUUCUCUCUGGGAAUCGUUUAGAUAAGGCAAAGGAAAAAAAGUUGGGUGCUUGGUGAUCAUGGCGAUUGUUGCUGAGAAUGCUGGGGCCAAAAACGGGGUCACCACCCAGAAUUUCGACACCACUGUAGUGGCAUCGGACCCGAAGGAGACUAAUUAUCUCGAGAAAACCAAACCCGUGGACGAAUCUGUGGUGAUGAACGGUAGAGACGCGAAUUCUCACACCGAGAAUGGUGAUCGCGGGGUUGGUGACGGCAAGUACGACCAGCCACAGCGCGUGAAUGGGAUGACAGCUGCUGCUGGUUCAAGGAUGGGCGAGAACGGCGGGACCCAGAUGCCGAAUGGGUUCGAUAGCAGUCAGCAGCAGCAGCAGCAGCCGAUGAUGGCUGUGGCGCAGUCUGGUGGUGGUUUUGGAGGUGGUGGUGCCAAUCAGAUGAGUUUUGCUAAAGCUAAUGGUGCUAAUGAUAUGAAUGAGCUGGUGGAGAUGUUGUCCAACUUGAAUCCCAUGGCUCAAGAGUUUGUGCCUCCUUCUCUGGCUAACAACCAUGGCUUUUGGGGGAACGGCUUUGGGUAUGAUAACAAUUUUGGAAUGGUUAAUCCUGUUGGGAAUGGCAAUGUAAAUACUAAAAGGAGGAACAAUUUUAAUCAGGGAAGGAGAAGAAACAACAGUAGGAGAAGUAUGGCUCAGCGUGAGGAGGUAAUCAGGAGGACAGUAUAUGUGUCUGAUAUUGACCAGCAGGUUACUGAAGAGCAGCUCGCGGGUCUAUUUGUGCACUGUGGACAAGUUGUUGAUUGUCGUAUAUGCGGUGAUCCUAAUUCUGUUCUUCGAUUCGCUUUCAUCGAAUUUACUGAUGAAGAAGGUGCAAGGAUUGCUCUAAAUUUGUCGGGGACUGUGCUUGGAUAUUACCCACUAAGAGUGCUGCCUUCCAAAACUGCGAUUGCACCUGUUAACCCGACAUUUUUGCCAAGGUCUGAAGAUGAGCGGGAGAUGUGUGCUAGGACAAUAUACUGUACGAAUAUAGAUAAGAAGCUUUCUUUAUGUCUUGAUGGUGUCUUAUUUGCUACUUUAUCCAAACAGGUUCAGUGCUUGAGGAUCCUCGGAGACUAUCAUCAUUCAACUCGUAUUGCUUUUGUCGAGUUUGCAAUGGCUGACAGCGCAAUUAUUGCUCUGAACUGCAGUGGCGUUGUUCUGGGAUCUCUGCCCAUAAGGGUAAGCCCAUCAAAGACACCAGUGCGCCCUCGUACUCCUCGACCAUCGAUGCACUGAUGCUGAGAGUGAAUGAAUCAUCCCUCUGUGUGAUGCAAUGCCCUCUGGAAACUGAUCAAGUUGCUCAUAGAAGUAUUUAUAGACAUCCUUAUAUAUAUAUAUAUAGAAAGCUGAAAACAGAACUUGGGUUUAUUUUGCUCCUCCUUUUGUUGCUGCGGGUUGCAUGCAUCUCUCUCAAGCUGGGGUGUUUGGCGGGAGAACAAUUGUUUAUUAUGGGAUGUUGAGAUGUUGAGGUCAUGUCAUAGGUAUUAGAGAGCUCUGGAUGUGAUUUUGAGGAUGUGAAUAGCCUUCGUUUUCCUUUUCCAACAUUUGGGGGAAGUGCUGAAAGUCUUUUGAUUAUAGCUGCUUGUCAAUUCAUGCACAGUGGUUUGGCGGU